AAUUAUUUGUCGAGUCUUUAGGAUUAGGUGAAGGUAAGAGUUGCCAACUUGACAUCUCAUAUCUCUAUAUAUUGUCACUCACUCUCUUAGACCAAAGCCAUCCAUCUUCUAAACUCUAAAGCCUUAUACUACAUAUCAAUAUGGCACUUUCUUUUUCUUCUAAAGCUUUACUACAGUUUUGCUUUGUUUUGUUCAUGUUUUUGCUUUUAGGAAGUUCUUCAGCUCAACUUUCUGAAAACUUCUAUGCUAAGAAAUGUCCAAAUCUUUUCAAUGUUGUCAACUCCGUUGUUCACUCCGCUGUCGCUAAAGAACCUCGCAUGGGAGGAUCUCUUCUCCGCCUUCAUUUUCAUGAUUGCUUUGUCAAUGGUUGUGAUGGAUCGGUGUUACUUGAUGACACCUCCUCCACAAAAGGAGAGAAGACUGCACCCCCCAACAAUAAUUCAUUGAGAGGUUUUGAAGUGAUUGAUGCCAUAAAGUCUAAGGUGGAGUCAUUAUGCCCUGGUGUGGUCUCAUGUGCUGAUAUUCUAGCCAUUGCUGCUCGCGACUCUGUUGCAAAUCUUGGAGGACCUCUUUGGAAGGUUAAACUUGGAAGAAGGGAUUCAAAGACAGCCAGCUUUAGCGAUGCAAGUAGUGGUGUUAUUCCACCUCCCUUUUCUACCCUUAGUAACCUUAUCAAUAGGUUUAAAGCCCAAGGACUCUCUACUAAGGACAUGGUGGCCUUAUCUGGAGCACACACAAUUGGGAAGGCAAGGUGUAUUACUUACAAAGAUCACAUUUACAAUGAUACAAACAUUGAUAGUUUAUUUGCAAAGUCAAGACAAAGAAACUGUCCAAGAACAAGUGGUACAAUAAAAGACAACAAUGUAGCUGUUCUAGAUUUCAAAACUCCAAACCAUUUUGAUAACGUGUACUACAAGAAUCUCAUUAACAAAAAGGGACUUUUCCAUUCUGAUCAAGUACUUUACAAUGGAGGAUCUACUGAUUCAUUGGUUAAAGCUUAUAGCAAUAAUCCAAAAGCCUUUGAAUAUGAUUUUGUUAAUGCCAUAAUUAAGAUGGGAAAUAUUAAGCCUCUUACUGGAUCAAAAGGGGAGAUUAGGAAGCAAUGCAGGAGAGCCAAUUAAAGGGGAUCGAUCUAAGAAACACUGACAUUUCAGAUUAAAGAUAUUUCUGGUGUCCGACACCGAUACAUAGAUCGUGUUUAUGUGUCAGUAUCGAUGUCGGAUGUUAGUGUUUCAUAGAAGGAUAUAAAUUAAUUAAUCAAGUCAUGUUUGUGUUUAUAAGUGCAUAUAUACCCCAAAAGUGGUGGUAUUCUUUAGUUAAUCUAUUUGUUUUAUAGUGUUUUCUUGUGUCUUGGAAAAUUAUCUUGUUGCUAAGUUUAAUUUAAAUAUUAUUCAAGUUCAAUGUAAGUUAAAUUGCAAAGCAAUGUUGUGACAAAAAUUGUCACCUUAAGGAUGUGUCUAUUGUAUAAUCACAAUAGUUAAAAUGAAUACAUAUAUAUUUGUUCAA